ACAGUGUGAGGGGAGACAGUGCCAGUCCUGCGCUGGCACUAUUUUUUGAAGCCCAAAAACCGCAUUUUAGGGGGGCCACGGACAAAUCACAGUAACAGCCGUCGACACCUCCCGCUCUCCUCGCCGGGGGAUGGAGGUCUGCCGUUAAAGACUUGGGGGUAGGGGGGGACCGGAGUCUGUCGGAAUUUCGCCAAAAUUACGACGGGAAUCAAGUACAGCUCCCUGUCUCCCGGUAACGGGAGAGACCACCGGCCGCUCGUGAUGUCUCGUGCCAAGGAGCGGCUGAAAGGCGGGAAUGAGACCAAGGACAGCGUCACUCUGCUGCCGUGCUUUUAUUUUGUAGAGCUCCCUAUCCUGGCCUCCUCUGUUGUCAGUCUUUAUUUCCUGGAGCUGACGGAUAUUUUCCAGCCGGUGCAUUCUGGUUACAGCUGUAGUGACCGCAGUCUGUCUCUGCCCUACAUCCUGCCCAGACAGGAAGUCUGCCCACUGCCUCUGCUCUUCAGCUUAGCUUUCGCCGCUCCCACCGCCACUAUUCUUAUAGGAGAGGCCAUUCUGUACUGCUAUCUCUCCAGGAGGUCAUCAGCUACACAGACUGAGGCCAACAUCAACGCUGCAGGCUGUAAUUUUAACUCCUACAUCCGCAGGGCUGUACGCUUCAUAGGUGUCCAUAUCUUUGGCCUGUGUGUGACAGCACUGAUAACUGAUAUCCUCCAGCUGUCCACUGGUCAACACACCCCCUACUGGUUGGAUGUUUGUAAACCCAACUUGACCCACAUUAACAUGUCCACUUGUGAUGAAGCCUUUAUUCUGGAGGAUAUCUGCUCUGGACAGGACACUGGGCUCAUCAAUGCUGGGAGGAAGUCUUUCCCCUCCCAGCAUGCAACUCUGGCUGCCUUUGCUGCUGUCUACAUCUCAAUGUACUUCAACACAGUGCUGACAGACUCUGCCAAGCUGCUGAAGCCUCUCCUGGUAUUCUCUUUUGUCAUGCUGGCUAUCCUGGCUGGGUUAACCAGGAUUAUCCAGUUUAGAAACCAUCCUGUAGAUGUCUACUGCGGAUGGUUGCUGGGAGCUGCCAUCGCUGUCUAUCUGGGUGUGUAUGCAGUGGGGAAUUUCCAGCCCAGUGAGGAUCGGUCCAGAAGUCGAGCACCUACCCCAACCCUGAGAGAGCCCCCCCUCUCCUCCCUACCCAAUGUCAGCCAGUCAGCAAUUAGCAACAGCCACCAAGGUCACCACACCCUGGCUCCCAGCCAACCAGAGCCCAUCAUUACCAGGACCUCUUCCCACACUCUGUCCCCCAACCAACCAGAGCCUAUCUUGACUCGAAGCGCCUCCUACCGAGAACCGUCCCUGUCCAGUCUCAAGAGAGCCAGUGCUGAGGUGGAGGUGAUAACUCCAUCCAGUCCCCUGGGCAACCAUGAAAACAUGAUGACCUUCAGUAGCAGCACACUGCCAAGGUCCCACGGAGGCUCCUCAUUGGAGGAGGGUCGCAUUCCACGCCGUCAUGCCUCCAUCCACGCAUCAAUGGACUCAACCCGAUCCAAACAACUGCUCAGCCAGUGGAAGAAUAAAAAUGACAACAGGAAGCUAUCUCUGCAGGUGAUGGAUGGAAUAAGGCCAGCAUCAUCCUCAUCUCCUCAGAGGAACAUGGAGCUGCGCUGCUCCUCUGAACCCUCUGCUAUGGGCUUGGAGGCAGAGCUUCGUGGGGUAACACACCUGCCUACACUUAUCUCUUGUCAGGAAACAGAGUUGCGUGCUGGGGCCCACAUCCCAGCUCAGUACAUGAAACUGGCAGCAAGCUCUGUUCCUAUGACUAAUCAUAAUCACAUGGCCCAUAAUGGCAGCACCGGAUUGGCUGGUGGAGCCAGAGUGUCUAUUCAGUCUCGGCCGGGAUCUUCUCAGCUGGUUCACAUUCCUGAGGAGGAAAAUCUCACCUGCAAGGAUCAGGAGAGUGAAUCAGAGGACAGCAUUAUGGAUGGAGGUGGGUCAGUGAGGGAAAAGUGGCUGAGAGUGGCUGAGAAGACAACAAUUCCCUGCCGGCCGCUCAGUGCUGGAGGACAGCCUCGUCUCAUGCAGGUGAUAGCCUUAUCCAAACAGCAGGGUCUGCUUCACUCUCCUCGCUCAGAGGAUGGUGGAAGCACCGUCAGCUGCACUGGAUCUAUUCGGUACCGAGCCCUGACAGACCAGGACCCAUCACCACCAGCCUCCACCACCGGAGCAGUGGGAGGAGGAGGAGGAGGUUUAGAGAGAAGUGGCAGUAUAGUCCGUGUUGAAGCCCACCCAGAGUCCAGAUCAAACAAACCUGUGGUGAAACCUCCGAGCACUGAUGGAAGUGGCUCCUGGCGAUGGAAACCACCAGAACAACGAGCUUCGCUCCGACAGUCAGGUUUCGCCCUUAAUGACCUGAACAGACACACAGACAGCUGUGAUUCGCUGAGAGAUGGAGGGUCAGUGGAUGGACGGAGAAGCGUGACAGGAACUGAAACGGAGAGUGAAGGUGGUGGAGACGGAGGGGGAGGGGGAGGAGGAGGAGGAGGAGGAGGAGGUGUAUACACAAACCACCCACAUGUUGUACACCCUUUACAUCCCUUACAUCCCAAUAACCCCAACAACUUCCAGCACCCCAAUUUUAACCCUAACAACCCCAACUUUAAUAAUACCCACUUUAACUUCAACCCCAACUCUGCCAACUUCAACCCCAACUCUGCAAACUUCAACCCCAACUCUGCCAACUCCAAUAUGUCAUUCACCCCUACUGCCACCUUUGCGCCUCCAUUCCACCCCCACCCUCAGGCCAUCACCACCAUCAGGGUCACCCCAGUGGAGGGAACGGCUGCGAGCAGCGACGGUGGCUCAGACAGCCAAUCAGCUGCCUCGUCCAGCCGCGAGUCCACCCUGAGGAGGAAGAGCAGCUCCCAUAUCGUCCACGUCCCCGAUCGAGGGCCCACCCCCGACCUUCACAAUAACCACCGCCUCUGUGAUGACAGUAACCGCAUCGACAAUGAAAGCAGCAACCGUUUCCAUGAAAACCUUCGAAGUUUUCAAGAAAACCCCAUCCACCCCAACCACCCCAACCACCCCAACAGGCAGUUGCAGGGUAUGUUUGGCCGUCCUAGCCCAACCCCUCCCCCUACUUUACCCCGCCCCGUCCUGACUCACACCCCGCCUCCUACUCUGGGGUUGGCCUAUAAAGAAUGACACGCUCAGUGUUG